ACUGGGAAUGAAGGCACCUUCUAUGUCUUCCCCUCUCCGGUCAUGUGAUAUGUGGAUGGAUUGUUCCAUGUACCACACACCUCAUAUGUUUUAAGGUUUUUAGUCACAUACAGGGGCGGACUGACAACUCAUGGGGCUCUCUGGCAAUAGGGGAUCAUGGGGCCCCUGUGUCCUUGCCCACACUCAAAGCAUACCCAAAAAAGCCUAUAAAAGGUACCAGGGGCAUCUCAUGGGGCCCCCUACUGACCCCGGGCCCUCGGGCAGUGCCCGAGUUUCCAAA